AUGCCAUCAUCUUCCUCUCCAUUUAUUAUCCGCCCCGCCACCCCCUCCCCCACCGACCUAACCUUCCUCCUCUCCACCUACGACUCCUCCCUCCCAUUCCUAACCUCCAUCAACAACCCCCACCAAUGGGGAUCCAUUCCCUUUUCCCAACGCGGCGACUUCCCCACCGACACUUUAACCGAAUUGCAGUCCUCCGAGGAAAACCGCCUCACUGACACAAACACCAGCACUACCAACAACCUACGCAUCUUCAUCGCCGAACGAGAAUAUCCCUCCCACCCAGAUGACCAUAUCCCUCUCCCACCAAGCACCCUCCGCACAACCCCCAACGACAAACACUUUCUCCCCGUUGGCUUCGUCCAAGUCCGCGAGGAUUGGGUCCCGGGGUAUGUGAAAGCCCAGACCCAUCUUCCUAUCCCGGAGGGUGGGUGGGUUUAUCUAGAGGUGAUUAUCACGGAUAGUAGGGUUGAGAGUGAGUUGAGGCAAGGGGCGGGAAGGGCGUUGAUUGAUUGGGUGAGGGAGUUUACUCGAAACAGAGGGAAAGGGGUGGUUUGGGUGGAUAGUUGGGGGGAAGUGGGGGAAGAUUGGUUAGGUGGAUACUACGAAGAACAAGGGUUUAGGGCUGUGGGGGAGUGGAGUCAUGAGAGGGUUGGGAAGACGCCUUGGGUUGGGAUGUUGAUGAAGAUGGAUGUUUAGGUUUGGGUUUGGGUUUGGGUUUGGAGUUGAAUAUUUGAGGGUAGGUAGGUGGUUGAUGGCCUUCUGGAGUGUGAAUGUGUUGAUUGUGAAUGAUGGCUUUUGUGAGGGGAUCUCCUGCAUAUCAUCAUGCUAAUAGCAUGGAGUAAUCAAAGUAUCGAGCACUGUAUUAGAUUAGAAUUGUAUUUUGCGAGAACCAUGCAAGACUUAUUCGUGCUGUAUGGGGGCGGUCACUC